GUUGAAUUGUAUUUUCUGUAACAUUUUUUGUAUGUUUGUAAUUCAAAAUGAUUGCCGUUGCAGUAUAUUGACAUUUCAGUAUGCAUGUGAUAAAUUUGGGUUGCGUUCCGUCCCUCUUCAUAGAAUCUUCAUACAGUUGAAUAUUUGACAUAAACAUGUUUCCGUUGUGUGGUCAUUUAGAUUGAAACCAGUUUAUGUAAUUGAUUAGUGAUAUUGAAAAAUAAAUAAAUCUGCAUUUGUAAUUUAGGAAAUAAAACACUGAAUAAAAUAUGUUUUUAUUUCAAACGAAUGAUUCAAAGGAAGUUACAAGCAAAGGACUUCAAACAAUAGUAAAUGGUGACGUUAUGAACGCUGGAGAGUGAGUGAGUGAGUUCUGUAUAUCCAAACUGUUGAACUUAUACGUUUGUCUCUUUCACACAUGUACAACAAGAGCAUCAAUUCAAAAAUUCAAAAAGACAUUCUUAUCCAUUCACACUAACCAUGCUGGCUGCAAAUUUAUGUGAAAGAAGGAGAUAGACGACUAAACUGCGUGCGACGCUUAAAAUUUAGAUAUGUAAAAAACGUAACGACAUUCAAACAAUAACAUGAUCCGUCGUAAAGUCCGUGUGUUUCAGUCAAAAAUCUUUUGCCAUGUAAUUUAUUGAAAUAUCAUUGUUUUAUAAGCAUAUCGAAAAAAACCAAAAACAAUGCACUAAAAUAAAACAAUAAAACUUGUGACAAUUUCCAGUGAAUUUCGUCAUCAUUCAUUGUGUUUGUAAAAAUGGGAACCAUGCGCAACGACCAUUUUAAAAUUGACAUAUACAUUUGAUUUAGAUAAACAAACAGAAUUGUUCAUUUUACUGUGGAAAAAUUGCAUUUGUGAAACAUAUUUGUUAUUAUCAAUUUGUCUCGUUUAGAAAAAAAAUCGUAAGCUGUCACGUGAAUAACUUAUUCUGAAGAAAAUUGCAUCAACUAAACGAUAUGAGCAGUGAUUACACAAACAAUUGUACAGGUGUUGUAUGUGAGAAUGAAUUGUUGGGUACAAUUGAACCAUCGGUUAGUGUCAAAACCAUCGGAAAACACAACGAACAAAAAGAAAAUCAGAGUGAUUUAGUUAAUGGCCACAAAACUAUCAAAAAGGUUGCAAUCACUAUCAAUACAAUUGCAUCGCCCAAAAAGAUGGAAAAUCAACUGCGUACGACCGAUGCUGUUGUGGAAUCAUUUCCAAAAGAGCGAAUUUGUUUGGUUGGCACAGUGGCCACUGAUGAAAAUGUCAAAACGUCAGCUAAUUCAUUCAAAGUACCAGUUUUGACAUCCAAAACGGGUGUUGAGCUCUGCAAUGAUACCGAAUGGAUAACAUAUUUUGUACUGAGUGACUUUGGUGGAGAGAAUUUUGCCACCAUUCGUGAAAGUGAACAACCAAUAUACGGACCAGUUGCAAUACAACAGCUUGCUCAAUCCGGAAAUGGUCUUGUCUACGCAAAGAAGCCACGGUACAAUUUUGCAAUGAAAGGGGUUGUCACAUGUUUCUCCGGCUUCCACUCAUUCAAAGAUAAGCAGAAAGCAAAAAAUGAGUUGCGACGUUUGUUCGACAUGAUCCACGCUAUGGGAGGUUCAAUUCGGAAAGAUAUGCAUGAAAGUAUAACGCAUUUGAUCUCACCAACCAGUUCGGGCAAAAAAUAUCAUUAUGCCAAGAUUUUUGGCGUUACUGUUGUGCAAGCUGCAUGGAUUGAGACAGCAUGGGAACAUCGUGAUGAAGUUGAUUUCUCGGCCAACGAUGCCAAAUUCAUUGAAGCACACAAAUUGAAACCAUUUGAAGGUCUUCGCAUCUGCUUCUAUGGAUUUUCAACAGAAGAACACCAAGAAAUGGUCGAUGUUUUGAAAUCGAAUGGUGGCCUUCCCGCAGAUUUGGACGAUCCAGAAUGUUCGCAUUUGAUUUUAGCUAAUAAUGUUACUCAUAUUCCAGAGGCAAUUACUGGUCCCAAGUCGCCAGUUAAGCUGAACUCGGUGAAAACACUACACGAAAAGCCUACUCCGGCUAACCUCAUUACAGAAACACCGGAAAUUGCGUUCAAACACAACCAUGGAAUGGUUCUGCCGGGUAAUGAGGAAAAUCUUUUGCAAGAGCCAGUUAAUCUAUCGCCCAUUCUUCAUCAUAUCGAGGAAGAAGAGGAUGGAAACUCGUCAAAAACCAAAGAAAUGUCAAAGCGAAAACGUGACAGUUUUGAUAACAUCUCCAUCAUUUCGACUGAUACAUUUGCCGCACAGUUUAAUUCAGCAAAGAAACCAAAACUCAUUCGCAGUGGUUCCAUAACACGUUCAUUAAGUCGAAGCAUGAGCUUUGCCGGCAUGAAAAACCCCAUCAGGAAUAUGUUUCGUGCAAGACGCGACUCAAUUGAUCCAAAUGCAUCAAUCAGUUCGGUUACAUCCAUGGAAAGUACAUUUAUUGACACAUUAAAGCGCCCAGUGAAAGAAAAAUUAAUCAAACUGAAGGAUCGUAUCACCAACAGCAAUCGAUCGAAGCGAGAAUUUUGCUUGACACCAAAAACACCCAGAAAGUUUAAUAAUUCGUGUGUAGAACGAGGGCAAAACGAUGACGAUAAAUUUGUAUUGCCAAAUGAAAUUAGCAUGUUAUCAUGUCGCAAUUUGAAUUUGGUCAACAGCACCAUGAAUGCUACAAUGAUUGCUGCCAUACCAGAACCGGAAUAUCAACCAGUUGGUAGCGGAAUGAAAGCCAAUGCACCACGAUACACGAACGAACAUGUGAAAAAUAGUGAUGUUGUCGAUUCAGCGGUGCCAGAGCCACGGUCACAGCAACCAGUAGCAUUAAGCUCGGAUUGGUUUUGGUACACAAUUCAGAAGGGGAUUGCCGACACUGAUGACUACUUGUUCAGUAACUACUUGGCAAAUCGCGGCAGUAUACAAACUGGCGAUAGAUGUGAUUCAUUGACCAGAGUUAUGCAACGAAAGAGAAAACGCAUCUCCGUUCUUGGUGCGAAUAGUAAACGAAGAACUUCCGAAACAGCCCAACUAUCGAUGUCGAGCAGUUUCUUGGAUUUCACCAAUAGCCCGAAACCUGACUCGAAAGAUUCCGAUUGCAGCAUGGAAAACACACCAAAAUCAAAGAAACAAAAAUCGAUGCGUUUCAAUCAUUUCAUGGAUUUGUAUUCGACUGAAACGAACUACGUUGGUAUCAUUAACAUGAUAAUGACUGAAUUUCAAAAGCCAUUGGAAGAGAUGGUUGGCAAAAAGGACGAAGAACUGCUUAACAAAUCCGAGCUCCGGGCAAUUUUCAGCAAUUUCGCUCCACUCUUUGAAGUGCACUCACAAAUGCUGAAUAAUUUCCGAGAGAUGCAAUUGAACUGGAAGGAGGAUUGCCUCAUUGGUAAAGUGAUUCUUGAUCAUCGCGCAGCGCUAUUGAAGGCUUAUCCACCUUAUGUAAAUUAUUUCGAGCAAAUGAAAAGUGCUCUUCUGCAAUGUAUUGCUCAGAACCCAAAGUUUCAUGCGUUUCUGAAGAUUAAUCAAUCAAAACCACAAUGCGGUCGACAAACGCUACAAGAACUGAUGAUACAACCUGUUCAACGCUUACCAUUCAUGGGUCUUCUCGUCAAAGAUAUUCUGAAGCAUACACCAAAAUCGAACCCCGAUCACAAGGAGCUGGAGAAAGCAUUGAAUGCAAUAAAUGAUGUAAACAAUUAUAUCAACGAAGAUAAACGGAAAACAGAGGGUUACACCGCCUUAUUAAAUAUAAUCAACGAUAUUGACAACUGUCCAGCCAGCUUGCUAUCAUCAAAUCGUCGAUAUAUUUCCGAAUGUGAAGUAUGUGAACUAUCAAAAUGUUUGGGUGGACGCGAUGACCGAUUGAUGAUAAUUUUAUUCACGGAUUACAUCGAAAUAUGUAAGAUUCGUGAGGCACGAGGCAAACCAUACAAACACAUUCGACUAAUUCCACUUAACGCAAUCCCGUGUGUGUAUGACAUCAAAGAUAGCGAACGAGUCUUUGCUAUUGAAGUAAAAGACGAACUUUUCUGCUUUAAAAUCAGUGAAAAACACGAGAAAAUGGAACUAUUGAAAAACCUCUGCAGACAAUUGGCUGAGAAUGCACACAAAAUCGAAUAUGAACAAUUCAUACGAAGCCGUGAAUCACAUGAGCUCGGCAUUGACAUCAAUCUUGGGACGUUGAAAAAAGUUCGUGACUACGCCAAAACAUUCUUUUUGAACGAGUAGUUUAUUUUCCAUGUAAACAUUAUUUGUAAUUGUAAGACAUCUUUUAAGAUAAGCUAUCAAACUGAUUACUGAUUACAAACUAUAAACUA